AUGAGCCUCUUCCCGACUCUGUUCCUCAUCCCUGCACACCUUAUGGCAGACCAGCAGUAUUCAUGGUCGCCCUCGCAGUACUUCGAUGAGGACAGCCGCUCCCCUCCACCCAGGAACAUGAAGGGUCUCUCCGGUGGCCGCCCUGCCCAGCUACAGCUCACCCCCUCAGCUCACACUUGCGGCCUGGGCGACUGCGACCCCUCCCUGGAUCACCAUCUCCACCAUGGCGACUCACGCUCCCCUUCCUACCUGCUCAGUCCCACCGAGAGCUGCCCGCUGGAGGGCCACCACCGCUGCUCCCCACGCAGCUCCAUCCACUCCGAGUGCAUGAUGAUGCCGGUGUCCUUAUCCACCACAGACCACUCGAUUUCCAGCAGCACUUUCCCCCGCAUGCACUACGGCAACGCCUCCCGGGACAGCGGGGGGAACACCUCCGGGGGCAGGGACGCUCGGGACGACGGGGGCUCGUCCUCGCACUCGCACGGCGGGAGCGGCAAGAUGAACCGGAUCCCCGCCAACCUGCUGGACCAGUUCGAAAAGCAGAUGCCGCUGCACAGGGACGGCUUCCACACGCUGCAGUACCAGCGCACCUCCACCACCACCACCACGGAGCAGCGCAACGAGAGCCCCGGGCGCAUCCGCCACCUGGUCCACUCCGUGCAGAAGCUCUUCACCAAGUCCCACUCGCUGGAGGGCUCCUCCAAGAUGAACGGCACCAAGGGCGACUCGCACAGGGACGGCUCGCACCACAACCACCACCACAACCACCACCACAAACACAGCAAACGCAGCAAAAGCAAAGACCGCAAGUACGACGGCGGCGGCGGCGGCGGGAAGCACCGCUCCGGGGGCUGGUGGAGCUCCGACGACAACCUGGACAGCGACAGCACCUACAGGACCCAGAGCGUCAUGUCCCGGCACCACGUGGACCACAUCAGCCACUGCUACCCCGACAGCGUGCAGGGCCACCUGGGCCGGGACCUGUCGCUAAAGACCUCCAAGAGCAACAACGACGUCAAGUGCUCGGCCUGCGAGAGCUUAAGCAUGGCGCCGGAGGGCAAGUUCAUGAAGAGGAGCUCCUGGUCCACGCUAACGGUCAGCCAGGCCAAGGAGGCCUACAGGAAGUCCUCGCUCAACCUGGAGAAGCCCAUGACCCCUACCGACCUCAAGCCCAACUUGAGGACCUGUAACUACCUGCAGGUGCCCCAGGAUGAGUGGGGCGGUUAUCCUGGUGGUGGAAAAGAUGAUGAGAUCCCCUGUAGGCGAAUGCGGAGUAGCAGCUAUGUUAAAGCCAUGGGAGACGAGGAAAGCGGAGAGUCAGACUCAAGCCCAAAGACAUCACCUCAGAAGGCCGUGCGGCCAGACGCUCUGGUCAAGGCCAUCAUCAGACCCAGAGAGCUGUUAGACUCUCAGAGCUCUUACCGCCUGGAUAAAAUCAACAGUGACAUGCGUAACUACAUCACCAAUUUUGCUGCAGACUUAAGUCAGAGCUACCACCUGCAAGCUACCAGGGACAUGCACCCCAGCCUUGCCCUGGACCCCUCUACGAACUACAACUCACCCAAAUUUCGGUCUAGAAACCAGAGCUAUAUGCGAGCUGUCAGCACACUCAGUCAGGCCAGUUGUGUUAGCCAAGUCAGCCAGGUGAGUGAAACCGAAAUAAACGGCCAGUUUGAGUCUGUGUGCGAGUCCGUGUUCAGUGAAGUGGAAUCUCAGGCCAUGGAGGCUUUGGACCUGCCUGGCUGCUUUAGAACCCGGAGCCACAGCUACCUGAGAGCCAUCCAGGCCGGCUACUCCCAAGAUGAUGACUGCAUCACCCCCGUGGCAUCCACUGUCACCUCCACCAUCAGGUCGACAACAGGCUGCCCCAUCCGAAGAGAUAGACUUUACCACCAAGAUAACAUGGGAGCCACAGCAAAACCUGUGUCUGGACCACCUGUUUCUCCAAGCCUCUUCAGAUCCCCCAGGUCUAGUGCACCAGAGCGACCGUCACCAAAAGCCAUCCAGGCCAGUAUUAAAGAGUCAGCCACCUUGGCAGCUGCUAUCAGCAUGCAGUGGAAGGAAGAGGUGUCCGCCAUGCGUCGAGAGUUAGCAGAGCUCAGGAGGGAUCUUUGCAAAGAGCUACGUGCUUUCAACAGCAAUUUCAACACUUUUACUCAGCAUUACAACACAUGGUCUCCCCAAGCAGGGAAUGUGGCAGCCGGAGCUGGGACAGGCUUGGGUGAAGGAGUGGGGACUGGUGCGGGGACAGGACCCAGAGCGGGGUCAGGGCUAGGGCCAGGACGAGCCACCAUGGGUGAUAAAGGAACGGGGAAAGCAAGAGAGAAGAAGCCCCAGAUAUCUAAAGUGUCUGUGGGGACUCAGGCCAGAAGCAAAGUCCUGGUCAGGCAAAGCACGGCAGACGCUGCUGUCAACUGCCCUGAAGAGGAUACCACGCCCAUAUAUCAUGCUGAUCUGGUCCACUUUGACUUAGUCAUGCUGACUUCCUUUGAUCAAGAUGACCUGGACUCAGUGUUUAUGGACCCUGAACCAGAGCCUUUUGACCUGGGUGCUGACUGUUCAUUUAAUGCUGAAGAUUACGAUCCUCUUGGAUACCAUUCAGAUUCUCAGAGUUCCCCGCUACCGACUGUCACUGUCACAAUAUCCCCUCCUAGUUCAGUAUCCCCUGACACAUCCCUAGAAAUAGACUUUGGACCGACAAGCCCUGGCCCAGAUUCUCCUCUUUCUGAGGUAGAGCCAUCAUCACCAGAUGUCCAAGAACUCGAGAAGUCAGAUUAUGAUGUAGCAGAGAUAAUGGAAUGUAUGGACGCAACCCAGGAAGCUGUGAGCCUUGCUGAGGAGAUAGAAGGGGGGACCCCCAGCAGUCCAGAGAGAUUAUCAAGCGAGCAGGCUUUUCUGUGGGACAGAUGGCAGAGGAGAGGCCAGAGGCGAGCUUCAUUGCACAGGAGUGCCAGUGUGGAGCUCUGGAGGAUCCAGUUCUGCCUCCCCUCCACCUGCAGCAUUGACUGGAGUCCCCAGCCGACCCCAGCUAUAACCUACACACCAAACUACAAGAAGACCCCCCCUCCUGUCCCACCACGGUCCACCUCCAAACCGCUCAUCUCCAUCACGGCCCAGAGCAGCACCGAGUCCACCCAGGACGCCUACCACGAGGGGAGGCACCCCCACGGCGGGAUGUGGGCCCCCGACGGUCUGGGCCUGGGGCUGAGCCCGGGCAGGGCCCUCUACAACUCCACCGACAGCCUGGACAGCGCUAAAGCAGUGACCAUCGCCAUGGAGGCGGCCGGGGUCAUGGCUGGGAAACGGCACCCGUCCACGGACUCCCACAGCUCGGUGCUCACCUGCGACAAGGCCAUCCUGGUGUCAAAGGCUGAGGAGUACCUGAAAACACCUCGCUCGUCUAUAGGGAUCCAGGUGGAAGCGGCCACAGACUCCGAGUCUGAAAGCAAGGGCUCUCGGGAGUACCACUCUGUCGGGAUCCAGGUGGAGGAUGACAAGAAAGGGCAGGGAAGGUUCAAACGCUCCAACAGCGUGACGGCGGCCGUGCAGGCCGACCUGGAGCUGGAGGGCUUCCCCACCAUGGAGGACAAGGGGCUGCAGUUCGGCGGCGGCUUCCAGCGCCACUCGGAGCCCAGCACGCCCACCCAGUACGGGGCGGUGCGGACCGUCCGCACGCAGGGCCUCUUCAGCUACCGCGAGGACUACCGCGCCCCCGCCGAGCCGCCCAGUCCCCGGGAGGCCGCCAGCGAAGCCGCCUGGCAGCUAGAGCCCCCCUCCCCGCGGAAGAGCGCGGCCUCGUCCGUGGACUCCGGGAGGGCGUCCCCCUCCCUGAGGAGGGACGGGAGCUGGUUCAUGCAACUGCUCCACAACGAGACCAAGAGGAUGGAGGGCUGGUGUAAGGAGAUGGAGGCAGAAGCCGAGGAGAACGACCUGUCAGAAGACAAUUUGUGCGUUUCAGCUCUGGGAAAAAUCCGAAGUGCAGUAGGAAGUGCUCAACUCCUCAUGUCUCAGAAAUUCCAGCAGUUCUACUGGCUGUGUCAGCAGAAUCUGGACCCCAGUGCUAUGCCACGACCCACUUCUCAGGACCUGGCCGGGUUUUGGGAUUUGCUGCAGCUCUCCGUCGACGACGUCAGCAUGAAGUUCGACCAGUUGCAGCAGAUCAAGAACAACAACUGGAGGCCCAUACAAAGCCCAGAGAAGAAGCUACCAGCUCCCAUACCAAAGAAGACAGUUCGACAGAGGAGUUCCAUCAUGAGGGAGAAAUCCUUGGACCUCCCAGACAGGCACAGGCAGGAGGCCCGUCGACGCCUCAUGGCAGCCAAGAGGGCGGCCUCCUUCCGGCAGAACUCAGCAUCAGAGCGAGCGGACAGCAUUGAGAUCUAUAUUCCAGAGGCUCAGACUAGACUUUGAGAAAAUGUAGGGUCAGGGGCCGAAACGUCUCCCUGCUCCCGCAUUCUAACAACUUCAAAACUAGCCUUUUUUCUAGACUACGCUACUCUCUCCACUCCUUUAUCCAUCCGUUGACCGAUCGCCAUCCUCAGUGCCCAUUGCCAAAACACUGGACUGUAGGAUGUGCCUAUAGCUUGUUCUCACAUUGCCAAAAUCAAUUGCCUGACAUGGGUUGGUUUGGUGUCGUCUUUGUUUGCUGGUGAUCAUAACACCCAGCCCGCAAGCUCUCUCACAUGCUGGCUGGGCACAUCUGUAGUUUUCAGCAUUUGCAAAGUGCCAUUUAAAAAGUGCAGCUUUGAGAACCUACCAGCAACCAGGUCUUUGAGCUGAAAACAAGUGAAUACGUUUCUUUCAAGUUGCUCAAAAAUGGUCAAAGUUAGUAUCCCUCGAGUGUUUUUCAAUCUUUU